AUGAUCACGGGAGAAGAUUUGUACAAGGUGAUGUGCGCCAUGGUGCCUCUGUACUUCGCAAUGCUGGUGGCGUACGGUUCGGUGAAAUGGUGCAAGAUGUUCAGCCCGGAGCAGUGUUCGGGCAUAAACCGGUUCGUGGCGGUGUUCGCCGUUCCGGUGCUCUCUUUCCACUUCAUUUCGAUGAACAACCCGUACCAAAUGGACACCAGGUUCAUCAUUGCGGACACGAUCUCCAAGCUCCUCGUGCUUCUCUUCCUCUCGCUUUGGGCUCUUUUCUUCGCCAAAGGCUCCCUGGAGUGGCUCAUCACUCUCUUCUCCCUCGCCACCCUCCCCAACACCCUCGUCAUGGGUAUUCCCCUCCUCCAAGCCAUGUAUGGCGACUUCACCCAGUCCCUCAUGGUGCAACUCCUCGUCCUUCAAUGCAUCGUAUGGUAUACUCUCCUUCUGUUCUUGUUCGAGUACCGAGCGGCGACGCUUUUGAUCCAGAGGCAGUUUCCGGGGCAAGCAGCGGCGUCCAUCACGAAAUUCGAGGUGGACGGCGAUGUGAUAUCGUUGGACGGCCACGACAUGCCGCUGCGGACGGAGUCGGAGACCGACGACCACGGCCGAAUCCGGGUGCGGAUCCGGCGAUCCGUUUCGUCGGCGCCGGAAUCCAACUCCUCCGUCGGCAACGCCGCCGUCCUCACUCCGCGACCCUCCAACCUCUCCAACGCCGAUAUAUUCUCCAUCAACACGCCGCUACACCUGCACGACGGGGACCUCCCCGCAGGCGCCAGCCCCCACCUCUCCGGCUAUGCCUCCUCCGACGCGUACUCGCUGCAGCCCACGCCGCGGGCCUCCAACUUCAACGAGAUGGAAGCCGGCACCCCCGUCUGGGGGAGGUCGCCGGUCGCCGCCGGAAGAGUGGGCCGCCAGUCGUCGCCGGUGGCUAGGGUGGUGUGGGAGUCACCGGGGAAAUAUGGUGGAGUAGAAGAGAGACAAGGUUGCAAGGACAUUACUCUUUCAGAUAAAGAAAUCAGCUUCAGAGACAGCACCAAAGUCCCAAUGCCGGUGGAUGCUGCAGACCCCAAAGACACAGUUGCCAACGACCAGAAAAUGCCACAUUCCUUUGUCAUGAUGAGGCUUAUACUCGUUGUAGUAGGAAGGAAACUUUCUCGAAAUCCUAAUACAUAUUCUAGUGUAUUAGGACUUCUUUGGUCUUUAAUCUCUUUCAAAUGGAAUAUGGAAAUGCCAAGUCUUAUCAAAUCAUCCGUCAAAAUCAUCUCAGAUGCGGGCCUUGGGAUGGCUAUGUUUAGCUUAGGGCUUUUCAUGGCCCUUCAGCCUCGCAUCAUAGCCUGCGGAACCAAAAGGGCAGUUAUGGGCAUGAUCAUUCGCUUCCUGUGUGGGCCUCUUGUAAUGUCUGCCUCUUCCAUUGCCAUUGGAUUAAGACAUGACAGACUUCACACUGCCAUUGUACAGGCUGCUCUGCCGCAGGGAAUAGUGCCAUUUGUAUUUGCCAGAGAAUAUGGACUGCAUCCUGAUAUUUUGAGCACGGGGGUUAUCUUUGGCAUGCUAGUUUCGUUACCAAUAACUCUCUUAUAUUACAUAUUUCUUGGCUUAUGA